AUGGAGGCAGUAAAUGCAACUGCAGAGGUACAAUUCUUCUUUCGUCCAUUCUCACCUGACCCUGAGGUGCAGAAGGCCAUCUUUGUGCCCUUCUUGCUGAUGUACCUGACCAGCCUUAGCGGCAAUGCCACGGUUGCUGUCGUUGUCCAGACCAGCCCUUCCCUCCACGUCCCCAUGUACUUCUUCCUAGCCAACUUGGCAGUUCUGGAAAUCUUCUACACAUCUUCCAUCGCACCUCUAGCCCUGGCAAACCUUCUCUCGAUGGGAAAAACUCCUGUUUCCCUCGCAGGCUGUGGAACCCAAAUGUUUUUCUUCGUCUUCUUGGGAGGAGCAGAUUGUGUCCUGCUGGCAGUCAUGGCGUAUGAUCGGUUGGUCGCCAUCUGCCAGCCACUGAGAUACACUCUCAUCAUGCACUGGUCCUUGUGUGUGGAGCUGAUGGCAGGGUGCCUGGUGCUCGGGUUCCUGCUGUCGCUGCCACUGACCAUUUUAAUCUUCCACCUCCCCUUCUGCCACAACAAUGAGAUCUACCACUUCUACUGCGACAUGCCUGCAGUCAUGCGCUUGGCUUGUGCGGACACACGUGUGCAUAUGAUGGCCCUGUAUGUCAUCAGCUUCAUCGCCCUGAGCAUCCCUCUCCUGCUGAUCUGCAUCUCCUAUGGCUUCAUCAUGGCAGCCAUUGUGCAGAUGCGCUCGGCCGAAGGGCGCCACCGCGCCUGCUCCACCUGCUCUGCCCACCUCUCAGUGGUCCUCCUGCAGUACGGCUGCACCAGCUUUAUCUACUUGUCCCCCCGUUCCAGCUACUCUCCUGAGAUGGGUCGGCUUGUGUCCGUGGUCUACACUUUUAUCACCCCCGUUUUAAACCCCUUGAUCUACAGUAUGAGGAACAAGGAACUGAAAGAGGCCCUAAAGAAAGCACUGAGAAAGUUCUAG